CAUACAGCCGCUUCCUGCGCGAGCGCGAUGUGGCGCAGCUACGGUAACCUGCAGGGACAAGAAUCCCCUGAACGCGAACCAGGCGGUCAAUGAGGAGCGGGGUUCUGCUGGCUGAAGCUGGGAGAGACUGCUAGGAGGGCCCCGUCUGGGACAUGGGGGCAUGACAGGGGUAUAUAGAACCCCCACAUCAGCUGUGUGAGGAGGGACCACAUAGACAGGUCACGAUGAAAACCUUCUCCGAGUCGCACAAGACGGUGUUCGUGGUGGAUCACUGCCCCUACAUGGCAGAGUCGUGCCGCCAGCACGUAGAGUUCGACAUGCUGACAAAGAAUCGCACCCACGGCAUCAUCCCGCUGGCUCCGAUCUCCAAAUCGCUGUGGACAUGCGCGGUGGAAGCCUCUAUGGAGUACUGCAGGAUAAUGUACGAUAUAUUUCCGUUUAAGAAACUGGUGAAUUUUAUCGUCAGUGAUUCCUGUUCCCGGAUUCUGAAUUCUUGGAGUCAGGAAGACCAGAACCUGCAGGAGCUAAUGGCAGCUUUGGCAAUGAUCGGCCCCCCAAACCCUCGUGCGGACCCCGAGUGCUGCAGUAUUCUGCAUGGACUUGUCGCAGCCGUGGAAACCUUAUGUAAAAUCACAGAUUACCAGCACGAGGCCCGGACGGCUUUGAUGGAGAAUGCGGACCGCGUGGCGAAUAGGGGCCGAAUAAUCUGUCUCACCAACGCAAAAAGCGACAGCCACGUCCAGAUGCUGGAAGAAUGCGUAAAUGAAACGAUUCACGACCACAACAAGCUGGCGGCGGGAUCGGAUCACCUGAUGCAGAUUCAGAAAUGCGAACUGGUUUUGAUUCACACGUACCCCGUUGGUGACGAGAGUUUGGUUUCCGAUCGCCCCAGAAAAGAGCUGUCCCCUGCGUUAAGUAGCGAGGUGCACAGUGUCCGCGCCGGACGCCAUCUUGCCACCAAACUGAACCAGCUGGUGCAGCUUCACUUUGACCUCGCGUCCACAACCAUCACCAACAUCCCGAUGAAGGAAGAACAACACGCAAACACGUCGGCCAACUAUGACGUGGAGCUGCUACAUCACAAAGAAGCGCAUGUAGAGUUUGCGAAGAGCGGUGAUGGGCACGUUGGUAACAGUCGAGAACCAAGCCUAAAGGAGACCGUGACGUUGAAAUGGUGCACGCCGCGGACAAACAGCGUGGAGCUGCAUUAUUGCACGGGAGCGUUCCGAAUUUCCCCCGUAGAUGUGAAUAGCAGACCUUCCUCGUGCCUCACCAACUUUCUUCUUAAUGGUCGGUCGGUGUUGUUGGAGCAGCCGCGGAAGUCUGGAUCCAAAGUGAUCAGCCACAUGCUAAGUAGCCACGGAGGAGAGAUCUUCCUGCACGUGCUGAGCAGCUCCCGAUCCAUACUGGAAGAUCCGCCAUCCAUCAGCGAGGGCUGCGGAGGAAGAGUCACGGAUUAUAGAAUUACGGACUUUGGGGAGUUCAUGAGAGAAAACCGGCUGAUGCCUUUUCCGGAGCCCCGGUACCGGAUGGACGGGACUACGGAGGUUCCCCUGGAGCGAGCCAAGGAACAGCUAGAGAGACACACGCGUUACUGGCCGAUGAUCAUCUCUCAAACCACCAUCUUCAACAUGCAGGCUGUUGUACCUCUGGCCAGCGUGAUAGUCAAGGAGUCGCUGACUGAAGAGGACGUUCUGAACUGUCAGAAAACCAUUUACAACUUGGUGGAUAUGGAGAGAAAAAACGACCCGCUCCCAAUCUCUACGGCUGGUACCAGAGGCAAAGGACCCAAAAGAGACGAGCAGUACCGUAUAAUGUGGAACGAGCUGGAGACUCUGGUCCGAGCGCACAUUAACGGCUCGGAAAAGCAACAGCGGGUACUCGACUGCCUCCUGGCCUGCCGGAGCAAGCCGCCCGAAGAGGAGGAGCGCAAGAAACGAGGGCGCAAGAGGGACGACAAAGAGGACAAGUCAGAGAAGAACUCCAAGGAUCAUGAGCACGACAAGAAGUGGCAGGAAUCGGAGAAGGUGAAAUCUGCGAUAGAUCGGGAGAAGGAGGACCUGGCAGAAGCUGAGGUCAUCAAGGAUUCCCCAGACUCUCCAGAACCUCCUAACAAGAAGCCUCGCAGUGCGGUGGAGGACGUGCCGGCCGUAGAGAAGUCCAAAGGCCCGAUGUCUCUGCUGACGCUCUGGACCACGAGAAUCCACGCCGCCAAUUCCAAGAAACACCAGGAGUUUUUCGGCCGCCUCAAUUCCGUCAACAACAAAGCUGAAUUGUACCAGCAUCUCAAAGAGGACAACGGAUCGGACGUGUUGGAGAACGGAAAGCCGAGUCGGCAGUGACCGCCCCGUGUUGUCUGCGGUUUUAUGCUGAACAUUAAAUGCAUAAAUUAACAUUCAGCCAAUCAUCUGUAUAAAAAUACUUUUUAGG